GAAAGGGGUUAAAAGCCAGGGGGGAUCUCCGAUCCAAGAGAUCAGAUUCUCCGAGAUGUGACAUCCUAUAGCCCGCGUAGUCUGGGAAUGUCACCAAGGAUAGCCUAGCCAACACCAACAGACACCCACCCCGUUAAGACUAGUCUGCCAUCCUACUCAUAGAUAUGGCGUCCAUCUCAAGUCUGCUCGUCGCCGCACUGGCAGUGACCAGCGCGCUCGCGUCACCCCUCGGCCUCGAGCCCCGGCAGCAGCAGCAGCCCUUCCAACCGCGGCCGGGGUACUUCCCACCCACUGGGGACGACACCAUCGCCGGGGGCAUCUUCUGCAUCAGCCUGACGGACCUGGCGGCCUACCUGGCCCGCACGGGCAAUAACCCGGGGGCCACCGGGCCCGAGACCCCGCGCGGCGGCGGCGUGCCCGGCCCCGGCUCGGGCCCCUACCCGGCCCGCGUCCUGACGGAUCCCUCGCUGCCCGGGCACACCAUCUACGCGCCGCAGGCGCCGCCCGCCGGCAACGUGUCACUCGGGUUCAUCGCCUGGGGCAACGGCGGCUGCGCCAUGAGCGGCGGGUCCGAGUAUCGCAACUUCCUGCUCGAGAUCGCAAGCCACGGCUACGUCAUCUCGGCGGAUGGACCAGUUGCGCAAAACCGACAGAGCCUGGUGACGGACAUGCGCGCAUCCGUGGACUGGGCCGCCAAGGGCGGGGCGUCAAAGUACGGCAACGUCGACGUCGACAACAUCAUCACGGCCGGCCACAGCUGCGGCGGGCUGUCGGCCAUGUCCACGGCAUACAACGACCCCCGGGUCAAGCGCGUCAUGCUCUUCAACAUCGCCAUCUUCCAAGACGAGAGGAGGUACCUGCUCGAGAAGAUCAACGUCCCGGUCGCUUGGUUCGUGGGCGGCCCCAAGGACAUGGGUUAUCCGAACGCCGAGAAAGACUACAAGCUCCUGCCUGGAGGCGUCCCCGCGUACAAGACGAGCCUGGACACGGGCCAUGGCGGCACCUUUGGCGCGACCAACGGAGGAAAGUUUGGCAAGGCCGCCGUCGCCUAUCUACAGUGGCAAUUCCGGAAGGACGAAAAGUCCAAACAGAUCCUUCUAGACGCCAAAUCCCCGGGCAGCCUGGUCUCUGAUAAAUGGACGGUGGAGCACAAGAACUGGAGCUAG